GCAAUUAAUGAAUAUUAAUCUAUAAAAUUAGAUUGAUAUACAGGGUAGCCCAUAAGUUUGGAGACAUAAUUGUGUUAAUCUUUGUUUACUCUUUUACAUGGUGCUGAGUAAGGAGGAAAGAAUCCAUGUUUAAUGUUAGGGACUAUCUAACUUAAGAGUUUAAUAUGAUGCAACCAGGUUGCACACCAAGCUAUUUGUAUGCAGCCUGUUAAACUCUUUAGCAACUUCACAUAUUUGCAGGUCCACACCAUCAAAACAAUUGAAUUCGUUCCUCCUUAUUCAGCUCCAUGCUUCACCUGUACAGUAACGCAUUAUCCUACGGGCAAAAAGGGCAAUUGUCUGGGGUCCCCAAACCAAACUUUUAUAAACUAAUUAUUGUAGUAAUAGUGUAGAAAUUUAAAUUUGUACCCUAUCUGGGGACCCUAGAUUGCUGGAGUGGUGCAAGUGCUGGGUGCACUGGCGUUAAAAAAAACGAACGUGAAAUUUCUCAAAAAUUCCCUCGAAGAUAAAUAUUUGAACACUGUACAAAGGACUCUUAAAUCAAAUUCGCCUAUGCCCCAUGAAGCUAUAACUCGCCACUGCACGUGUAAAAGAAAACACAAAGAUCUAUAUAAUUUUGAUUGUUCCAGACUUACGGAACAUACUGUAUAAGUAAUAAUUAAAGCAGCAUAAUAAUGCCGAUUGCAUUGUUAAUAUUAUUGCGUUUGUUGAUAAAAAUUACUUAAUGGAUAUUAAGGAUAAUUCAAUUAAAGUUAAGAACUCUCAGAAGGACCACAAUAACGAUAAAAAGGAAAAUCUUUCGUUAAAUACAACCAGUAAUUCUAUAACUGGAACCAUUAACAUAUCACGAUCCGAUGAACCAAAAUGUCGUAUAUGUUAUUAUAAUAGCCAAAAGGAAAAGCUUAUAUCACCAUGCCAAUGUAAAGGUUCUAUUGGACUGAUACACAGAACAUGCUUACAAAAAUGGCUAGAGACUCGUGAUACAAACUCAUGUGAAUUGUGUAAAGGGGAAUAUGCAGCUACUCGAACUUCAAAGACGUUUUACGAUUGGUAUCGAAAUUCAACAACUCAACAACAAGUUAGAAACAUCUUAAAAGAUUUAUUUGUUUCUUUUCUUCUAACACCAUUAUUUUUUAUAUGUAUAUUCAUAUUUAUCGAGCAAGCAAUCCAAUAUACUAAAAGCAAAAAGGAUGUUUCAUCGCUUGUAAGUGCAACCGUGUUAGCCAUCUUCUUAUUGUUCGUGUAUCUGUUGUAUGUAAUUGGCAGUUUCAGAUAUCAUUAUAAAAAUUACCGCACUUGGAUGAAUAAUAAUUGGAUUGUAACAUUAUCCGAAGAUGCGGAAGAAGGUACAAUUUCGGAUGCUGGAAACUCAUCAUCAAAUUUAUCCUCAGAUAAUUUCCCUAUUCAAAUUUUAAUAACACCAACAGCUGAAAGAGGUAUGAAAUUUUAUCAAGUUCGAGUCCAUCGUGAUAAUGGAGAAUCAAAUCAUUUUAAAGUUUAUGAAGUUUAAUUGAUGAUUUAUAACCAAAUUAAGUUAUAUAAAAAAUAAAAAGCGCAU